AUGUUUGCCAAUCAGAGUCCAUGCAUGGGCCUCAGCACUGGCUUCCAGCCCAACACCCCCCACACCCAUGGCACAGUGAACAGCAGGCAACUCCUCACAAUUAACCUCAGUGACGACCUCCCUGUCCUCAUUGAAGUAUUUGCCCCACCCGCAGAAGCUUAUGCCCGCAUGGGACAUACUUUGGAAGAGAUCAAGAAGUUUCUCAUCCUUGACUAUAAUGAUGAGAUCAGGCAAGUACAGCUGCUGGAAUUAACAUAUUUGAAUGGUGGAUCAGAAAACACAGAUGUUCCAGUAGUUCGAGAGAAACCCACCUUGCAUACAAGAGGUGUGCCAAUCCCAGCAAUAACCAGGGGAAGAGGAACAGUUACAGCCUGGCCAGUUGGACUUGGGGUUCCACGAGGGACACCAAUGACCAGGGGAAUCCUUUCUACCCGAGGGCCAGUGAGCCGGGGAAAAGGCCUUCUCAUGCCCAUAGCAAGAGGAGUCCCUUGCACUGGGUACAGACCUCUACCACCAGCCCCAGCAUGGGAGACCUGUGGAGAAAAUGACUAUGAUGAUGGGCGUGGCACUGCUUAUGAUGGACAGAGUUACAGUUCCUGCGAUAACAGCUACAGCACCCCAGCCCAAAGUGGCACUAAUGACUAUGAUUAUGGACACGGGCUCAGCCAGGAGACCUACAGUUCCUAUGGACAAGAGGAGCGGACUAACUGCAGACACAAGGCGCCUUGGGAGAAGACAGAGAAGGGCAUCUACAGGGACCAGCCACGUGGCAGAUACUGA